CUUCUGUUUUCUCCUGAACAGGCCAUUGUGCUGGGAAUUAUUUCUCUUUUUGUGUUUAGUGCAGUACAGGGUGAUGACCAACAGAUGUCCUUUCUGGGACACUCGCUGUCUAUUUAUAUCAUUGUGACAGUGAGCUCAGUGUCAGGUUUUCCAGUGACUUCUAAAGAGGGGACAGUGAGUAAGUCACCCCUUGCAUGUCGCUCCUUUUGCAAUUUUCCUCAUAUUCAGGUUUCCAAGGAGUUACCAGCUCUCUCGUGAAGCCUCAGCACAUCUCGUGAAAGUGUCUCUAGACUCGUAAGUGCCACAAUGAGCAGUGUCACCUAUCAUAUUUCCAGCCUGCUGGAGAAAAUGACAUCCAGCGACAAAGAUUUCAGGUGAGUUAGAGACUGUUAGCAGGGCUAUGUCAUGUGUGACAGAUGUGAUCCUGGUAUAGCUAUUGGCUAAUAUAGAUAUCGGAAUCUUAAAUUCCAGGCUGUGAAUAUACACACUUUAUAAAAGGUACCUUAACCCCUUAAGGGCACAGCUUCAGAAGUAAAAGGCCCGUCAUGUGUCCUUAAGGAGUUUUAAUGACAACCAGUGUUGCUUCUUCCUUUUUUUAAUAAGCUCUGUAUUUCUGAAAUAAUUUAGUCACCUUUUGGGAAAAUAUGAAAGUGUGUGAAUCUUCUAUGUUAAAUGACAUCCUAAACUACACACUGGCCUCAGAAAACCAUGUAUAAAAUAGCAGGCCACUAAAACAACCUACAGAAGUAUGUGUACAAAAUCUAAAAUCAACAAUGCUGCCUGUGGGUAUUUACAUAUUUUGCAUGUCAUUCUGGGAGAGUUACGUAAUGCAAUCUUUCAGAACUGUUGUGCCUGGGGCCUUAUGUAUUGCAGUAUUGCACACAAGUACAAUUUAGUGGAUCUAAUUAUAAACAUGUCCAAGUUAGGACUGCACAUCAAUGUGCCUUGCAUCUCUAAGGUUACUGAAAGUUGUAAAUGUUAAUGUUGUAAAGGUGGAGAAAUCAUACCUACUUUCAUAUUCCAUAGGUUUCCAUGGCGCUUGCCCUACUUUUAGUACAUUGUACCAAUUUUUAGAAAAUGAAACUGAUAAAUUUCCCCUAUUUUCUUUAGAAUUAAAUGUGUGUGCAUAGAAGUAUCCGGUUUUAUUUAUUUUUUCUUCUGCAAGUGUCCAAUGGACUCAUGUCCAGGGCAUUUUUGUUCAUUGAAAUUCAAACACCUGUUCCCUUCAGACCAGGAUUUUCCCCCAGCUUAGAAUCAUCAGUGUAAAGUUACAUGAACUUCAUAGUGUAAGUUAUGCGACCUUUAGGAGAGUUUAUAAACAGUGCCCCCUAGUGUUAAAAAUGAGUAUUGUAUUUCAUGCACUGAAAAUUGCCUACAUGAUUUUAGUUUCUGGAAAAGAAAGAAUGGCACAUUUUACUAAUAGCUAUAGGAUGAGUGCAUUUUCUUUCAGCUUGGUGGUUGUGUGAGCAUUGUGAUGUGGACCUGAUUAACAUUGAGGUUAAUCAGGUCAUUUUGUACUGUUAGCCAGGACACGUGCAAGGAUUUAUAUCACCCUAAAGAGCAAAUAUAGUUUGAAGCCUUUCCCUGUUUGUUUCACAUCUACUUUCAGUCUCUUUCCCCCCAUCUCCUUCAAUUGUCUAUUUUCUCCCUUUACUCAUCUCUCAAUGUGUGUUUUGAAGGAUGUGUGGGGUAAGAUCUGCAUGUGCUAGCUAAAGAGUUAAAAGAACUUCUUGUGGUCACAAAUAAUUUGUUUUUUAAACUUUGCAAUUGGCUUUCUGCCCUUUUGUACUUGGUCUCCCAAAGGUUCAUGGCAACUAAUGACCUGAUGGUGGAGCUGCAGAAGGAUUCCAUUAAAUUAGAUGAAGACUGUGAGAAGAAAAUAGUAAAGAUGCUUCUGAAACUCUUGGAGGAUAAGAACGGAGAGGUGCAAAAUCUGGCAGUGAAAUGGUGAGAUUCAGCCAAAGUCAUUUGACUCACACACUGUUCCCUCUAAGCUUUUUAUUAGGAAUGGUCCAAUAUUUAAACAGUUGAGAAUUAAAGUAUAAAAAAACAAACAAAAAAAAAAACAACUCUCCUGCAUUUGCAUUUUAUUGUGAAUGUAGGGAGUCCAUGCAAGUUAUUGCUAAUAUUAAAUACAUAUUGUUUACAUCCAUUCUCCUAUAUAAGUAUGCACCGAUAUGCCAACAACACACCUCCUUUAUUUACCAUAACUCGUCUAUAUCUACUCACAGCAACAUGUCGCCAAACUCCAGCAUUCAUGCACAGAACCCAGCCAUCAGUAUACUGCCUCCUUCCAUACACUGCUCAUCUCUUCUAUUCUCACUGAUCAAUAAUGCCAUAGUCACCAUCUACAAUUAACAUAUUGCCUGAAUGCAUAUUUAUUUAUAUCCAUGUGCCCAUGGUGUAUUGUCCUUAUUCACAUCCUACAGGAAGUCAAAGUACUAUUACUAAUCCAUUCACCAGCACAGCUUUGCAUGGGACCUUUCCCCUGCUCAAAUGUUCACUUUACUGGGAGCAUCCAUCACCAGCUGACUUAUGUGAUGCCUUUGUCUCUUCCCAUUCACAUCCACAAUCUAUUCACCGGAAGUACCAGGUCUCAAACCAUUCCCUACUAGCUGCAAUACAUAAAUCUACUUCUAUACUAAGUUGAAUUCUCACCAUGAACUUAGUACAUUCCUCGGAUGGAAGCUGGCAUGUCUUAGCUACUUGUGAUUGUUCCUGCCAUCACUAAACUGGGUUCUAUAAAAGAACCAAAAUAGAAGUACAUUACCACAUAGAUUUUAACUAUUCUUCCUCUCUUUAUAAAAACAUGGACUGCUAAUGGCAUAAAUAGACUCAGGGCCGUCUUUAAUUCUGAUUGGACCCUGGGCAAGCAUUAACUUGGGCCCCCUGACUACAUAUAGAUACACACACAUACAAAACCUGACACACAUGCAGAUACACACUGACCGCAUAUAGAUACACACAAGAACAUACAGAUACACACAGACUACAUAUAGAACACUGACACACAGAUAGACACAAACACAGAUACACAACCUGACAAACAUGCAGAUACACAGAUACAAACACUGAUACAUGCAGAUACAAAGGUACACACACUGACUACAUAUAGAUACACCGACACACACACUGACACACAUACAGAUACACAGAUACACAACCUGACACACAUGCAGAUAUACAUAUACAAACACGGACACAUACAGAUCGCACUGACGGACAUACUGAAACACACAUACACACAGACACUGACAGACAUAUUGACAAACACAGACAUACAGAACCACACAUACACUGACAGACUCACACACAGACAUACUGGCACACUGACUGACAGACAGACAUACAUACAUACACACACACACACACACACACACACACACACAGACACUCAUGCAAAAUUUGAUAACCACCCUCCAGUUUCUUACCUUUUCCUGGAGGGUGGCUUCCCUGGGGUCCAGUGGGCUGGCUGGGGUGGCUGGGAGUUAAGCUCUCCCGGCCUGGCCCCCUCCGGAACAGCUGGUCCUCCAUCCUCCUGCGCGGCUCUUGUUUCUGUGGGAGGAAGUGACGCGCGGCUGUCACUUCCUCCCAGUGCUGCCGAAAAAGCAAGGGCCCGGUCCCGCUGUUAAAGCGCCACAGUGCCCGACCGAGCCCCUGCUGACACAGGCCCACCGGGUGGCCCUAAGUGCAUGGGCCACCCGAUGGGCCCCCAUAGUUUGCGGGCAGAGGGCAAAAGGAGCAGCUGUCUUGGGCCCCCCAGCUGGGACAGGGCCCAGGGCAGCUGCCCCGUUUGCCCUGCGUUAAAGACGGCCCUGAAUAGACUUAACCAGAUAAUUCAUCAGAAUUAGAUUAUGCCUUUCGAGAAAAUCAGGCAUCUAUUCUCUCUUCCCUACAGAGAAAAUUUCACAUAUUUGAGGAUCUGGAGAUAUCCGACAGAUAUCAGACAGAUUGAAACUGGAGAUAUCUGACAGAUUGAAACUGUUUAUGAAAAUAAAUAAUAGAAGUAAUAAAAAUCUGGUUUCAAUUUGUGAAAAGCUAUAUGAUUUACAUAAGAUAACCACCCUUUCACCCCCAUUCCAAGCUUUAACAGCAUGUGAAAAAGAUUCUCAGACUACUAUCACAAGAGAGGAGUGGGUUAGCGCAAACACUGUAGCCGAUUCAUUACAUUGUCUUAACUUAAUUGAAAAUCAAGAUCAUCAACAGAGAUAGCAUUAUGUUUCAACUAAAUUAGCAAAAAUUUAUCCUGGCUUUACACAUCCUACAUGUUGGAGAUGUGGAUUCACUAGGGCAGACUAUGUGCACAUUUGGGGGUCAUAUCAUAAUAUUAGCCAACUAUGGAACAAAUCAUAAUAUUAGGUAACUAUGGAACAAAGUCGCAGAAUUUUGUAAAGACUAGAUAGAUGUGGACCUAGAAUUCACUAGUAAGUCUGUGGUGCUGCAUAUUGGUUGGUCUUUAAUAUCUAAAACCAAAAAAGAUCUAAUGAUUCAUAUUCUUACAGAGAGUAAAGCAGCAUUAACUAGAUACUGGAAACUUUCUGAUACUCCCCCAUGGGAGAUGAUUAAGCAUCAAGUUUUAAACCAUUGCCAAAUGGAGAUAGCAUCUUGAGACAGGAUAACUACUGUGACGAAAGUAACCUCAUCACGGGUUCUUGGAGGGGCCUGCUAGGCAGCCUCUUUCCUCAGGACUAUGGGCCCUGCAAUAUACCUUGCCCAAUGCACUUUAAAAGGCUGUGUUCAUGUACAGUAUGAACUUUUGUACUCCAGACAGAGAGACCGACCGUUAGCCCUAAUUCUCUGGAACUGUUUUGGGCAUGGAACCAUGUGCACGGUGGGUCAAAAAUAAGACGUCCAGGAAAUUAUUGAACCCCUGAACUGAUCUGGGUGAUUUAUGGAUAUGUUGGUCACCCAGAUCAGGGCUAUCAGGGGAUGUAACAUUUGUGGUGUUUUAUGUACUUUUAGGUUACUUUUAGGGUGUUUUAAAAUAAAUAUGUUUUUUCUGUUCUUGGAGAUAAUUGGAUUAGAUUUGUAAAGUUCCUGAUUCAAUUAUCUCCAAGGCAGAGGGGAGGGAUUGUGUGUUUGUUUAUGGGAGUGUCAUGCAUUUACUCAUUGUUGUUAUUGGUCUGUGACUUGGUGCUGCAGUUCGCCACAAGGUCCAGGUGGGAGUGCCCCUUGCAUGGGGACUUGCAUAUAAACAGAAUGCUUUACCCCUUCAUGAAGUCUUGGCUCAUGUUUUGGGGAUUGGAGAACUACAUACACUCUGGGGAUUGCUAUAUCACAAUACUCCCCUGAGUAUAAUCACUAGCUCUUCUAAGAGCUGUUCCUGCUACGCUCUCUGGACUAGGAGAGGUCUACCCACUGGAAGCUGGAUCCUGGUCUUGGGUCCAGGGUGGGUGGAGGAUGCCGAGACCCCAACCAAGCUGCGGUGGUUAUGGUGUCUGGUGCGGUGCUUAUGGUACUCAAGGAUUACUAGGAAGCCACAAUUGAAGGUCGGGGUGACAGUCGGUCCGUCACAACUACCUUAACCCAGGAAUAGAUCAAUGGGAAAAAUGGGAUAUAAAAUUAAGGAACAAGUAAGGACUUGUAUAUUCAUUUGUUACUGGGUCCCCCUUUUCUUUUUUUUUUCUCGGCACAGUGUGUGAUUGUCUUUGUUAGUCUUUGUCUAUAAUAUUAGUCUGCUAUGUAAGAAACACAAGAAUUUAUUAGUAAGGUAUGAUGAACAGUUGAAGAUAUAAUACUAAAUUAAAAGCAUCAAUAGUACAAAAUAUUAGCAUAUGUCUGUAUAUCUAUGUGUUUAUGUCAUUUCCUGUUUAUAUUGAAAAUUUAUAUGAGAUAAUAUGUAUUUUUUUUUUAAAGUAUUCUUUCUCAAAAUGUUGUGGUUAAUGAUCAAAAUGGUGACACUGAUCUUUUAAUAAAAUAUUUUUAAUUCAUAUGCUGUGAGUGUGGUCAGAUUUUUACUGCGAUUUUUAUUUUGCAAAUGGGUGCUUGGGAUUUCCUGUCGCUCACUGAGCUUGAACAGAAGUCUUGUCUCUUUCUUCCUCCUAUCCCAGCUUAGGACCUUUGGUGGGAAAGGUGAAGGAAUAUCAGGUGGAGACUAUUGUGGACACGUUGUGCAGUAACAUGUUAUCAGACAAAGAACAGCUACGAGAUAUUUGCAGCAUUGGUUUAAAGACUGUGAUUUCCGAACUUCCUUCAGCAAGCACAGGUAGAAAGAGCAUGCUCUGGUAUGUAUAUGGACUAUUUGAGUGUUGGUAUUAUGGUACUCUGUCCAUCUAAUAUAUGGAAAGGGAAAACUAGGGAUAGAGAUUAAACCACCAUUCUGAAGACUGAAUCGACAAAUGAUAAUCCAGGAAUUCCAAAUUGAACAGUUGAUAAACAAGUCAAGGCAGUAUUCAUAAAUUCACAAAUUAAUGUUCGGAGAGCAUGCCAGAUGGAGGUAACAAUUCAGAAGUCAGACUACUCCAACACCAAGGCAGAAGGCUACAUAAAUUAGAUUAAAAGCAAUCAAGCUGUGAGAGAAAGUAACAACUUGCUACUGCAAAAAGCAAGAUCUCAGAUGUAACUCUGCUAACCAUAGACUUCUUGAUGUGUGGUAGAUGCUACUUUCUCAGUCAAUGUGGAUGCUAAAUCUUAAUAAUAUCAGCAUGUGGACACGUCCACCUAAAUGUUCUGGCUAAAUUGCUGGCUUUACCUCCAGCCAUCCUUUCAUAACGAAUGUGUUCCUCUUUUGAAACACUAAAAGUUAUGUGAUUAAUGUCUACAAAUAUACAUUUGUUUAAAUUAAUGCUGUAAACCAAAUAUUGAGUGGUGAAUGAAAAAGGAGGCCUUGAUUGGCAAUGGUGUUCAGGAAGCAACCAUGGGAGUAGCCGAAAGAUAGCUCACCUUGGAAAAGAGUUGUAAAAGAAAGAAAUUGAAAGGAAAGAAAAAGGUGAAUUAAGAGGUGGGAUUGCUGCCUGCCGUGUUCAGUGACAUAGCAGGAGUGGAGAUUUAUAUGUACUAACCCCCUCCUACAACUAUUGGCUGAACAGCCUUUGUACAGUAUGUGUCAAACCACGAUCUUGAGCUAUAUUUUAAAGACGAUAAACUAUUAUCACUUUGCCAGUAAUAAUACAUAUUGCCUCAUUAUAGGUUCAUCGUUAGCUGCCAAUGUGUGCAGGAAGAUUACAGGUCAGCUGACUGGCGCGAUUGGGAAGCGAGAGGAUGCAUCAGUGCAACUAGAAGCACUAGAUAUCCUGUCUGACAUGUUGGGAAGGUAGGUCUACAAAUAUACUACCCUAUUUUGGAAACUACUAUUGUAAUUUGUGGGUUGUAGAUACCCUUUAAUAAAUUUUUAUUGCAAUUGGUUAUAAGGUGAUUACAAGGAGAUUUGGCUCAAAUGGAUUACCUAGCCUUAAUCAAAACACUUAAAAUGUUCGUCAUCAUCUCCAAAAUAUAAUCACAGCAGCACAUGUCAUUAGAGUGUGGGUUAACCUGCUGUGUAACUGUAUUCUCUAAUCUUUAGAUUGCACCCUUAGUGCUCCCCAUAACUCCUGUGGAUAGUCCUCUAACUUACUCUAAAUAAUGGUGGGAAUGAAAAAACCCACAACAGAGUAAGUGCAAUGUACAUCAUAGCACCACAUCAUUAGUAUCUUUACUUUAUUCCUCUAACAUACAUAGUUCCUUAACCCCUUGACUGGGACAAUGGGAUAUUUAAAUAUGAGGGGGAAAAAAAGUAUAUUUAAAAAUCCCUCAUAGUCUCUUAACCUGUGUCCCUGUUCCAUCAGUAAUCCUUAUUUAAUCUAUAUCUUUAAUCAUAUCCUUUUCCUCGUCAACCCUAUACCGAGUACAUAUAACUAACAACUCACACAAUAAUGCGAUCUGUGAUGCCAUUUUGGUAUUGAUUGUGUUUCCAUAGAUCUCUGCAGGUUUAUUAAAAUAUAGGCUUCUUUCUAAUGAGUAUAUAAUGUUAUCUGUGACCCCACCAGGUUAGGAGGAGCGCUCUUUACUUUCCAUCCUUCUAUCCUGAGUUGCCUAUUGCCCCAGUUAACCAGCCCCCGGCUGGCUGUGAGGAAGAGAGCUGUUUUGGCACUGGGACACCUGGUUCAGUCCUGCAGUAGCACCUUAUUUACUGAGCUUAUGGAACAUCUUGUGGCAGAGCUUAAGAAGAACGACUCCACGUCCACCACUAGAACUUACAUCCAGUGUGUUGCAACUGUGAGCUGGCAAGCAGGCCAUAGAAUAGGUAAUAUUGCUACAGGGCACCGUCCUGGGCAGACAAGAUAGAAGAACAUCUCACGAUGCAUGCAUUCUUUUUCUCAUUAUUUCUGUUUUUUUCUUGUCCAGACAGUGCACUUCCUUCUUACUCAUGUUAAAGAGUUUUGUUUUUUUUCAUUUAAUAACAGACAAGAAAGUACUACAAUACUAAAGUUAAACUUAAGUGUAUUUCCUAUUGUCACAUAUUGCUAAUGAUUAUCUAUCUAUAUGUUUAUAAAAUUAGACUGAAAUUUUUUUUAAUCGAAACUUACACUUUAAAUUAACAUCCAAAAAGGACAAAAGUAAAAAGUAAAAAAAGAAUACAAGAAAAAAAAUAAACAUCACAAGAGAGAGAGGGGACCUCCGAUUGCCUAGGUAUCCAAAUUAUUGGCUCUAUUAUGCUAAAAGAAUAUAUUCCUAUAGUUCUUUCUACGUCCUUGAUACAUCCAGGGUUUUAAAACUAUUUGGAGAUAUCAAAAUGGAAUUUAUAUGACAUUAGUUUGACUUCUUAAAAUUUAUAUGAGCUUAGUUUGACUUCUUAAAAUUUAUAUGAGCUUAGUUUGACGUAUUUUAACUACUUAGAGGUUUCUUUUGUUCUAUACUUCUACUGAAUAUCCUCAUAUCCAAACGUUCUUACUCAUGUUUUAUCUUUGUCCUUACCCUUUCUUCUAUCAUUGUAUCUAACCCUCUCCUCAAGGCCCCCAUCUUGAGAGAAUUGUGCCUCUAGUGGUGGGGUUCACUAAAGUGGAGGAUGAUGAAUUACAGGAGCAAUGCUUCCAGGCUCUGGACUCCUUCAUUAGGCGUUGCCCCAAAGAAAUUUCUGCACAUGUCCCGACCAUAAUGGAACUGUGUCUAAAAUACAUUUCCCAUGAUCCAAACUACAACUAUGACGACGAAGAUGAGGAGGAAGACAUGGAAACAGAGAGCGAGGAAGAACCAGGUUAGUAAUCAGGAUAUGCUUAUUUAAUACCAAGGAAAGGUAGUCAUAGAAGCCAAAAUAAAUCAAAACCACACUGGGAAAAGUGCACUUGUUUGCCCUGGAAUAUUCUAGCAUGUGGCAUGCAUGGCUUGAAUUUGGCUUAAAUUCCCAAUGUGGCUGAACAGACAUUGUCUAAAUAGAAUUUCCAGAGCUAGACCUACCCCCAGUAUGUGACAGAUUGGCAAGCAGGUGAGAAUUUAUUACCAUUCUUCCAAAAGAAUGACAAAGUGAAAAAAGCAGAACAUAAAUUUUGGCUGAUCUGAUUACUGUUUCCUCCAUAGCAGAAGUUAGGGAAAUCAGGGUUAGAGGGAUGUCUGCAUACAGUAAAAUUUUCCUGGUCAAUUCUUUAUAAUAUUGUAUGUGUUUGUAGCAGUUUUGGAUGUAGAAAGAACUACUGACAGAAUUUUUUGGCAGACAUUGAUGAUGACUACAGUGAUGACGAUGACAUGAGCUGGAAAGUGAGGCGUUCUGCGGCAAAGUGCCUAGAAUCUCUUAUCAGUGCAAGGCCAGAUCUCCUGACAGACUUUUGCAGGAAAGCAGCACCUACAAUAAUUAUGCGCUUCAAGGAGCGUGAGGAGAAUGUCCGUGUUGAUAUCUUCUCAGCCUAUAUAGCUCUUCUAAGGCUGACGCGCUCUUCCAAAUGCUUCAGACAGACAGUGGAAGCUACAGGAAAAGGAGAUGCUCCCCUCUCUGCUCUGCAGGAACAGGUGAGUGGAAACGAGAGUCCUUUGUUUCCUGCAGUGGAAACCUUAAACAGAGAAAGACUGGAGCCUCAUUGAACUACAGGGAACCUUUAUUGUAUAUAUAUUUUACAAUGAUGUUAGUUCUAUUUGGUUACCCAGAACCUUUGACCAGGUAUCUCUGGUGCAUAAAAGCUGUGCCUGGUGUCCUCUUUCUUCUUUCACUAUCCCAAUGUCUCAUUAACAUCACAGGUUCCAUCAGUAAUGAAAUCUCUGCACAAACUCCUGCGAGAUAAGAGUGCAAAGUCUCGCCAGGGCUGCUUUUCUGUGCUCACAGAAUUAACCAACGCUGUUCCCGGUUGCCUCUCCCAGCACAUAUCUACACUGAUCCCAGGUAUCUGCUCGCUUUGCAGAUUGUAAAAGUGUAAGAGCCAACCACCACAUUAUAAUUUUUUUAACUAGUAGCAUUAUAUACAACUUUUUGUUUGGCUUUAGAAAAAUGCUGUCCAUUUUGUGGAAAUAACUCCCACGGCAAGAAGUAAUAAAUGUUGUUUAUGUUUUUAGUAACUUAUCUUAGGUACCAUCCACCAUUAGUUUUGUAUUGGAGGCUGGUGUGUGUAUAUAUAUAUAUAUAUAUAUAUAUAUAUGUGUGUGUGUGUAUGAGUUAAGUGUUCCAAUAUUGUUGUAUUAGUAGAAAGAACCCACAAGCUGUCCCCAUUAGGAUAGGUCCUUAGAAACACAUUCUCCCUGCUGUCUGUUCCUCUUCCAGUGAUGUAAUUUCACCUUGCUAGAGGGGGAUGGACAUCACAGAGGACAGGUCAAGGGGAGACCAUGUGAGCAUGGAGGGGGGCCCUGUGUCCAUUGGUCGUCAUGCUAAGCGUGCUUACGACAAGCAUCCAAUAUGCACAGAGUUGAUAAAAGCAAGCCCAGAACUCGUGUUCUGCAUUGGCUAAUGAUACCCUAAUGAUGCUGCCAGAGGUGGAGUUACACCUUCCGCAACAAGGGUUAGAUGCCUGUAUGUGCAGAGUUUGAUAGUGAAAUACUACAGAUGCAGACUUCAAGCACCAUGAGUACUUCAAAUCAUUGAAGUGGUCAUGGUGUUUGGAAUAACCCUUUAAUAUAAAGAACAUGAGACACUCCACUCACCUUUACCUUUCAUUCAUCUUUAGAAGCAGUGGAGUGGUGGAUUAACCUGCAUUGUAGAUAAGUGAUGGCGAACCUAUCGCACAAGUGCCACUUGUGCCAUUUUCAUGCCUCUGACUUGACAGUCAGUGUUUACUUACAAUGUAGCCAUCAAUCCUGGAGCCCAAAAUGAAACUUCUUGGUUUCAUUCUCAAUGUCACCUAUGAUGGUACCAGUACACAAGACAUUCAACUGGUGUAUAAAUACAUAACAGACAGGAAGGGAGAACCUGAAACGGGACAGAAAUUAGACCCUUUCUUGGAAUGAGAGUGGGGAAACCACAAGUGGGAAAGUCAGUAUUGAAGUAGGAAGUAGGUAUACACUUAUUUGAAAUAGUUGGAUGGAGAGGAGCUCUACUAAUAUGGGGCAACUAGAGCAAAAGGAAUUGAUGCGGGAAUAAGAACUGAUGUAAAGAAUAAACAGAGUGAUAUGAAGGAGGGACGUGUUCAAAUAAAGAAGGGUUGAAGAUACUGAAAUGAAUAAAACUAGGAAAUGAAAGUGAAUCUGUUAUGAAUAAUUUAACUUACCGUAAAUCGUUCCCAUAUAUACUGAAUAAACCAUGAAUCACAAAGAUGCAAGGUGUAUUCAAUGUAAAAUAUAAAGAUUUACCAAAAUUUCCUCUAUUACAGCGCUGUUUCAAGGGUGUUUUGAGGGUGGCUUGCGCUCCACUUUCUGUUCUGAGGUGUUGGCUGCCAGCUGUGAGAAACCCCUCUUUUUAAAUAAAUUUUUUCUCUCUUAAUCUAUACAUUUGCUAGCAAAACUGCUAGCACUAUAUAGAGGUAAAAUCUCAUGCACAAUCUAAUAAGCAUAAGUUUAAAAAAAAAAAAAAGCUGGUAUUCUGCAUAGAAAUGUUGUUGUCUAAGUGUUAUGAUAGAGGUACCUAUCUGGUUUGAGUUCAGCUGUUUUGAUUUAACUGUAAAGAUUAUUGGUUAUAGUUGUUCUCUUUUCUCUCAGGUCUGGUGUUUUCUCUCACUGAUAAGGCCAGCAACUCCAAUAUGCGUCUGGAUACACUGAGCUUCCUACAUGUCAUACUGACUAGCAAUUCCUCAGAAUGGUUCCAUCCUCAUAUCCCUGCCUUGCUGCCCCCAGUGGUCAACUGUAUUUCUGAUCCCUUCUAUAAAAUCACCUCUGAAGCACUUCUGGUGGCCCAACAGCUGGUCAAGGUCAUCCGGCCAUUAGAGAAAAUUCAGGAUUCCAAACCCUCACCAUACACAAAGGAGCUUUUUAAUGCCACUUCAAAGAGGCUGCAGGCCACAGAUAUAGACCAAGAAGUGAAGGAGCGAGCUCUGUCCUGCAUGGGACACAUUAUAUGCCACCUUGGGGACCAGUUGGGUAGUGACCUACAACCAACCCUCCACCUUAUUCUAGAUCGACUCCGCAACGAGAUCACCCGUCUCACUGCUGUGAAAGUUCUCAUUCUUGUAGCAGGUUCACCUCUGAAGAUUGAUUUAAGGCCCUUGUUGAAGGAGGCUUUGCCCAUUCUAUCAUCUUUUUUACGCAAGAACCAGCGGGCCCUCAAACUGGGGACAGUCUCUGCCCUUGUGGUACUUGUAAGAAAUUACAGUGACUGUCUAAAGCCUCCCAUGGUGGAUCCUUUGCUAGGGGAGCUGCCCCCUCUGCUUUCUGAAACAGAUAUGCAUGUGGCUCAGGUCACAGUGGACUUUCUUACCACACUGGUGACUGCAUAUCCAGCUUCCAUAUUCAAACUUAGCUCCCACAUUCUUCCACAACUUUUCCAGUUAGUACAUUCUCCCUUACUGCAGGGGGGUGCUCUCAUCUCCAUUCAGUCAUUUUUACGUGCUCUCGUCCUGAGCCGAACUUCCCAACUGGGCUACACAGAACUCAUGAAACAACUGACAGGACCAGUGAAUACUUCUGGGUCUACACUCCACAAACAAGCGUUCCACUCUGUGGCAAAAUGUGUAGCCACCUUGGCAAAUGCCUGCCCCAAAGAGUCCAAUGUGUCUAUAAACCAAUUUAUACAAGAUGCAAAGAGCCCUAGAGUUGGGGACCCUGUAAAAGUGCUGGCUUUUCUGGCACUUGCUGAGAUUGGUCGUGAAAGGAGCCUGGGAGCCCAGCAGAAAGAACUUAAAAGUGUCAUCCUUGAGGCAUUUUCCUCAACUAGUGAGGAGGUGAAGUCAGCAGCUUCUUAUGCUUUGGGAAAUGCUAGUGUUGGAGGUCCUGCAGACUUCCUGCCAUUCUUGCUUCAUGAAAUUGGGGGUCAACUUCGAAGACAGUAUCUCCUUCUGCACUCCCUCAAAGAGGCUCUUACCUCACUUCCCAGUGAAGAGCUUAGACCAUAUCAAGAAGAUGUGUGGAAGCUUCUGCUCCAGCACUGUGAAGCUGCAGAAGAAGGCACAAGGAAUGUAGUUGCAGAGUGUUUGGGCAAGCUUACUCUGGUGAAUCCUGCUCAGCUCCUAGCCAGGCUGAGCAAGCAGCUUAGUUCAGGUAAUGCCCAUACAUGACACUAAUCACAGGGAUGCAAAAAGGAAUGUAUUAUAGCUAUUGAUGCCUUCUUCAAAAAUCACAUAGACUGCUAAUCAGGACUUAUUUUCACUGCUUAUUUAAACUCUUAAAGAGAUACUAAAGACAUCAAAACAGCUUAAUGAAACAGUUUUUGUGUAUAGGUCAUGCCCCUGCAGUCUCACUGCUCAGUUCACUGCCAUUUAGAAGUUAAACCCCUUUUGUUUGUCUUUGCAGCCCUAGCGACACCUGCCCUGGUUGUGAAUGACACAGCCUGCAUGAAAAGAAAAUGGUUUCAUUUUCAAUCAGAUGUAACUUAAUUUUAAAGUCUUUUUCCUCUGCUCUGUAAAUUUAACUUUAUUUAUAUACAGGAGGCUCCUGCAGGGUCUAGCAAGCUAUUAACAGAGCAGGAGAUAAAUUAUAAAUUACAAAAUUUGCAAUAAAUAAAGUUUAAACAUUAGAUGACUCUUUACAGGAAGUGUUUAGAAAAGCUGCAAGUCACACACAGGGAGGUGUAACUAAAGCUGUAAAACAAAGUGAUUUAACAUUCAAAUGGCAGAGAAUAGAGCAGUGAAACUACAGGGCCAUGAUCUAUACACAAAACCUGCUUCAUUAAGCUAAAAUUGUUUUGGUACCUAUAGUGUCCUUUUAGAAUACGAAUGAAAAAGUCGGUAAAACUUUGAUAUGCAUGUCCUUUAUAUAAAAUAACACAGACAGAAUAUGUAUGUGUAAAAGUCAUGUUGCUUUUUUUUUAUGGCUGCAAGCAGUCCUACUUUUUCUAGAAAGUAUUUUUAUUUUAUUUUAUUUUAUUUUUUGAGUGAAGAGGCACUACAGAAAAAAAAGCAUUGGGGGCUUGUUUAAAUUCAGAACUGGCUUAUUUUGUUAUGUUUAAGUAAAUUCUGCUUAAAUUAAAACCAGUCACUAAAUAAACUAGAUGUAAUAUAUUAGUGAACUAGAAUCCUAAAAAGACAUUUGCAGUAUUUUGAAAAGUUAUAAUCUUAGUUACAGUUUACUGAUUCAUUGACAUUUAAUUUUGCAUAAUUUAGGUCAAAAAUAGUAAUCUGACAUAAUUCCCUAAGUGAGCUAUUUUGGCCAGUUUGACUUUUUUGGUUUUCAAUUCAAUUUGUAGUGAAUAAACAUAAACUAAAGCCAGUUUCUCUUUUUCAGCUUACAAAUGUAACAUUUGGAGUAAGAAACAAAGACCGUUUAAAGCCACUUGUGUGUUAGUUGUUGAAAUUGUUUCCCUACUCACAUUCCUUCCUGGCCCCAAUCACACACCUCAAACCAAUACCUCCUACCAUUUAAAACCUGCUAUUCUUAUAAGCUCCAAAUUAAAGAGAUAAUAUAGGCACCAAAACAUAUUUAACUUAAUGAAUCAGUUUUAGUGUACUGACCAUGCUUCUGUAGUUUCACUGAUCAAAUAUCUGCCAUGUAGGAGUUAAAUCACUUUUAUUUCUCUUUAUGCAUUGCGUUUCCAACCACAAUUGGUUUAGACGUUUUAACUUCUGUGCUGUACAUUGAACUUCAGUCACAUACAGGAGGCACCUGCUGGGUCUAGCAAGCUAUCAACAGAGCCGAAGAUAAGAAAUUCUAAAUUAAACAGAUGGUGCAUUAAAGGAAGUUUAAACAUUAGAUGUUUAUUUACAGGAAGUGUUUGGGAGGGCUACAUAAACAAAUUGAUUUAACUACUAAAUGGCAGAGAAUUGAGCAGUGAGACUGCUGUGGCGUGAGCUAUACACUAAAGCUGCUUAAUGAAACUAAAGGUUUUUUUGUGCCUAUUGUGUGUCCUUUUAAUGAGAUUAAUGAAUAUAAAUUAUUUAUUCACUGAUAUUAAACUUGUAAGUAGUAUAAGUAAAACAAAAGUAAAAGUUGUGAACAAUAAUUGUCAAACUAAUAUUGGAACACAUUAAUGUGCAGCUUUGUAGUCCUAAAAAAUUAUGAUGUCAUGUAACGCAGACCCUUUUUUAAAGUAAGUGCACAUAGAAAAGGUAAAAAAACAAAACAAACCAUGAGGCAUAAACUCUAUAGUGCAGGUUGCACAGUGUACCCUCACCCACGCUUCAUAUUUUCUAGAGGGUAAUCAAUCCAACUCACCAUCAGUAUGUUGUGUGCUUUGCAACAUUUAUUUAAUUUUUUUAGAAGGCAAAAGUGUAGUCUUUUGCACUCUCUGCAGCAGCACAGUAAGGACAGGAACAAACAUUCACAAAUUAAGGCCACCUGUUUUCUUGGCAUUGGCUGGCUGCCCAGCUUGCCCAGCAGUGAGUGUACUGCUUUGUUGCCCUUUUCCAAUGCCACUCGCAGGGCUCACCUCUCCAUGACAGCUUGUUUAUUCAAAUAGCCUACCGCUAUACUUGAAGCUUCUCAACCAACUAGCCUUCUCACUGGCUAUCUGGCAAAAGCUCUUUCCACACUGUUUCGAACACUCCACCCCACCCCUUCCCACUGCCUCCUUGACUGCCCACUGGCCUAUUGAAUGUCUGUCUGGGCUCUUUAAACACCUCUCCUACUGCUGGAUCCUGCUCAUACACACUUGAUCAUAACAUAGCUCAGGCAACCCAGAGGCCGCUGUGAUCAAUGUGUUAAAUUGCCAUCCUUGCCACCUUUGUGGAAUACCUAGUGCUCAUUUUGCUGUCACACCCCAAAGGCCAGCCCUGAGUGGGUUAUUGUGAAAAAACUGACUAUCUCAGUUUUGUCAGUUGGUAGCCCUGGUUCUGCAAUCUGUUUUUAAAGUUUGUUUGCUCAGACAUUCUGGUUUCCUGUUCAAGGUUCUGCUCAAACACGAAGCACUGUGAUUACUGCCAUCAAAUUCACCAUCUCUGACCAGCCAGCUCCCAUCGACUCCCUGCUAAAGGACCGUAUCGGUGAGUCCAAGGUUUUCAGAUUUAUUUACGUCUUGUUCCCAUUUACCAAAUAAUUUAAAACUUACUAGCAGUUUCAAUUGUCCCUUAAUUUGCCUCUUAGAGUCUACUUCACUAGGCACUCAAUCUUGGAGUUGGACUUGAAGUUAAUGGUGAGUUUCCUCCAAGAUGAGACGCUGAUUGAAGCUUAUGGUACGGUUCCAGCUGGUGAGGGUUACAUUAAUACACAGCUUAGUCUGCUUUGACUUGCAGUUUUGGAUUACACAAGGGUUAUUGCUUCUCAACCUGAGAAAGACAGGCCAAAUAUUUAAUUGUUAUAACUUUAUUGACUUGUUUACAUUGUUACAGUGUCUAGUCAUUUACUAGUCUUUGAAUCUUCAUUACUUGUCUAAUGAUAUAGGGUAGAACUGAUUCCGGGGGCAUUUUGGGUUCAACAAAAUUAGAUUUAUUCAGUAAUAUUCAGCAAAAUUUUAAAAAUCCUUAAAUGAGGCACAGGUUAUACUGAACAUCAUGGAAAAGUUGGAUGCAGUCAUGGUAAACUAGUGGUUUAAUAAGCGGUUUAUAUAAUCUUUAUAAUCUGUCAUACUGUAAUUUAAAGUCUCUGUUCAAAUCCUGUAUGUGGAGUGAGGUCUGGUUUUAACGAAGAUCAUUUUAAAGGACGGUGAGGAUCUGUUAAUUGUAUUUAAAUGCAUUCCCGUGCAGGUGAAUUCUUAAAAUCACUCCAGGACAAGGAGCCCAAUGUACGCCGUGUGGCCUUGGUAAUGUUUAACUCUGCUGCUCACAAUAAACCAGCUUUGGUUAGAAACUUGCUGAGCAAUGUCCUUCCUCCUCUAUAUAACGAGACUCGAGUCCGAAGGGAACUUAUUCGGGAGGUAAGGAAUCUAGCAAUGUGGAGAGAUCCACAGAGGUUUCAAAAAUAUAUUGUAAUUUUAUAUAAUCAUAUAUUUAUCUGCAAUUCAGAAGUUCACAAUUAGAUAUAUACUGACACUCACAGAAUGGGAAAUGCCUGCACACUUAUAAAGGGUUGGUUUACAGAGGUGGACAUUGAGAUGUGUGCUGUUAUUCUUUCUGGAGGUUGUGUAUUCUUCUGCCAUAGAUCUCAUUGAAAUUAGCAGACACAAGCAUGGUUGCCGUGCUCAUAGUGAUGAACUAAGUGAAUUAUUAAAGCUUCAUGAUGGCCAUGCCUAGAACUUGGCCUGUGCUACAUAAAUAGGUUGCUGCAUAUACACUAAGGUGACAUAAACAAAAAUAUUGAUCAGGAUUGUCCAACUCCCACUUGAGCAAGAAGUAGUAUAGGUGCCUUUUUGCAUUUUUAAUGCCGUAAUAUGCUUGUGACCACAAUCGACAAAUCAAACAGUCAAUAUCAGUUUUAGAAAACAAAACUGUGAUUAAAAAACAAAACAUGAUAUUGAAGGCAUGACAUAUUCACAAAACAGUAGAACGUCACUGCUUAUUGUGCGAAAUAAUUCUAUUUUCUUCCUGAAGGUUGAGAUGGGACCCUUCAAACACACAGUAGAUGAUGGUCUUGAUGUUCGGAAGGCAGCUUUCGAGUGUAUGUACACUCUGCUGGAGAGUUGUCUUGACCAGCUCGAUAUAUAUGAGUAUUUAAGUCAUGUAGAGGAUGGGCUGAAAGAUCAUUAUGACAUCAGGGUAAGAAAUCCCUAGGCUUUUCAGUGGGGCUGAAGGCAAACAUUAUGAAUUUUGUUGUUAAAGGGUAACUCUAAGCACCAUAACCACCACACGUGCUGUAGUGGCUAUGAUACCAGUAUGCCAGCACAUGGCCUGAACUCUCUCUCUGCAAAUUGCUUUUAUGGAAGUUGCAGUAAUAUAAUUUUUGGCCAACUUUGUAUAACAUUCAUUGGCUAAGUGUGCCAGAUAGUGCUGUCCAAAUGUAGGAGGAAAUCGAUACUCCUAAUGUGUUACUUGGGCAAUAGCAAUAUGCUGAGUGAGGGAGUGGGCCACAGGGUUUGGGGGACCCUUAGACUGUGUCAAAUUGCUAAAUUGUUUUGAAACAGACUCAAGGAACUGCAUGAGGGGCAAUCUGACAUCAUAACUACUACCACAUGCUGUUGUGGUUAUGGUGCUGAGUGUGCACCUUUACAAAUAGCUGAAUACCCUUGUAAAAAAUGAUAUACGUUGGUUAUCCACUGACUGACCAGAUGAUUUUGCUUUUCUGGAUUAAGAUAAGCAUUUGUCAGUCCAAUCAAUUGUUUAAGGCUGCAUUACGACCUGGACUAUGUUUAAUACUAGGUUCCAUUUUCUUGCAGAUGCUGACAUUCAUCAUCCUCACUCGCUUGUCUGUCCUGUGCCCAAAUGCAGUGCUCCAACGUUUAGACCAACUCAUUGAGCCGCUCCGGGCAACAUGCACUACCAAGGUACAAAGGUGCUCGCACUGGUUUACAGAGAAUAGGCAUCACCAAGUCAGUACUGCCAUGUAUGAAAGCAAGUACUAUGGGUGUAAAGGCUUACUUACAGUCUUCAAAAUAACAGUCAAAGCGGAUGAAUGCAACAGCUUGCUCAUAGGCUACAUAACCACAGAUUGAUGGAGUACAAAAAUCACCCCUACUCCAAAAGCCCCUGUAUGGUAACCCUAGUGAACAAACUUCAGAGGGCUCUUCCCAUUGAAUUUACACUAAUAUUCAGAUGCUCUAUCUACAGGUGAAAGCUGGGUCUGUGAAACAGGAGUUUGAGAAGCAAGAUGAACUCAAGAGGUCAGCUAUGAGAACCAUCACUGCCCUACUCACCAUUCCAGAAGUGGAGAACAGCCAAAGCAUGUCAGAAUUCAUGUCUCAGAUUAGAUCCAAUCCCGAACUUUCAUCUCUGUUUGAGAAUAUCCAAAAAGACUCGAUCACUCUGUGCACCACAGAGGCCAUGGAUAUUAGCUAAGGGCCUGCGUCAAGAACUGCCAUGAGUAUUCAAAGCACAGUAGCUCAGCUCUACUCAACCCACAAAAGACCAGUCACAGAGAACACUGUAGGGUCUCAAAUCUUGUGGUCUCUUCUGAAAAUUAUUUUGGUAAGAUUUAGCUGAACUUUUUAAAAUGUUUUUAAAAUGUUUGGGAUCCUUUCAUGAUAGUGUAAUAUUGGUUUUGGCUGGAUCCAUAAGGUGUGCUUUACCAGCAAAGCACAUUGGUGUAAAAACAAUAAACUCACAUGACAAUACAUCUGUUAACCGAGUCCCCCCCAAACACCUUAAUUAAAAUGUAACGUUUGAGCUAGAGAUAAAUUAGUUUUUGUAUUGAAAGCAUAGACUCUGUAAGAACUCAAAUUUAUAACAGUAAAUGUUUGAUUCAGUAUAAAGUGGAAAAAAAUAAAAAAUAAAUAAAACAACCUUCCACAGGUUAUCCGUCUCUUUCUUAGCACUUUCCCUCAACAUAUG